AUGACAACCACCACGCUUUCAUCCGAAAUCGCCAAAGAAUCUUUGAACCUUCGAGCCUACGGCGGAGAGAUCGAGAAUGUGAAGCUCUUGACGCCCUUGACGAGCGACACGCCGAUUGAGGAACUUCGACGACGGUAUCGGGAAGAUGGUGUAAUCUGGAUCAAAGACAUCAUCGACCGAGACCUGGUCAACAAGUGUCGUCGCGAGUACCUCAGCUUCUACUGA